AUGACUGAGAACGAAAUUGCAUCCUCUUCACCGGUAGAGCUGGCUCGAGCUCAUCACAGCAAAUCAUUGACGGCCUCACCUAUCUAUGGCUUUCUACUCCAAAACCUCGUCGUGCUCCCUUCCACAGUUGCCGGAACAUCGCUCAGCUCGCUCAUACUAGAGCCUCAGCAUCUAAACUCGAAAGGCAGUAUCCACGGGUCAGUCUCUGCAACCAUUGUCGAUUGGGCGAGCGGGAACGCAUUGGCGACUACAGGCAGCCAUUCGGGUGUAUCGGUCGACAUGCACGUGACUUUUAUGAACACCUGCAAGGGGGGUGAAAAGAUGAUCAUCAAGGGAAUCAUCGAUAAGAAGGGCAGUCGACUGGCUUUCACUCGAGUCGAGAUCCGACGAGAACGGGAUGAUGCGUUGGUCAUAACUGCUAUUCAUACCAAAUUCAUCGGCUAG